AUGGAUUCCAAAGGUAACGUCCGAAGUGGAAACAAACCCGAUGCCAAGGCCCCCAGCUCUGGAAAGCCAGAAAAGCCCAGCCCGGGGCCUGCCACGAAUGCAGACAAGAAGGAUACCCCCAAAGAACAGCCUAAUCCUGCCACUGCCACCAAGAAAGCGGGCAGCGAUGCUGCUGUUGUGAACAACCACAGCAACCUGAAACCCAGUGCAGCCGCCACGGAGACACAAGAGGCCACUGGCCAGUCCCCUGACUCUGACCAUAAGGGAAAUGGCUCCGAGGAGUCACCAGGCAGCAUCUUCGACAACAUGAAGCCCUUGAUCAUUGUUGGAGGAGUGGCGGUGGCAGCGCUGGCGGUGAUUGUGGGAGUGGCGUUCCUUGCCCGAAAAAAAUGAAGACCAAGACAGGGUGGGAAGAGAAACCCAACCUGGCUGUACAGCUCCUUUUGAGACAAAUGCAUGCAUACAAAUUCUAUACAUAUCUAUAUAGAGAGAGCAAGCUAGAUAGGUCAAUGUCAAACAUCAACUGCAACUCCAAGGGUCUUGUUCAAGACAACUGCGCCAGUUUGACCCGAUAUGGGUAACUCCAUGCACUCAGUGUGUUCUUUUCAUGUAAUAUAUCUUGGCUUAUACCACUGUGUAUAGAUUACAGCUUCUCCUGAUUGGUGUAAAUGACGGUGUCCCCUCCCCUCCUCUGCUGUCCUCCCUGGGAGCCACCCCCACUUCUCCUGCAGUCCCCUGUUUUCAAGUCCAAAGUGUUCUUCGUCCCAUCCAGAGUCCCUGCUUUGUGUUUUGGUUUUUCUGUUCAGUUUGUUUUGAGGGAAGAGAUGGAGCCUAGUGAGAAGAUCCAGUUCACUUGUCCCUAUGUGCGGGGCAAAGAGUGGUUUCUUUGUGUUAAUCUUGGGGCUUUGGAUAAGUCUGUUCAGCUGGUAUUUUCCCACUGGAGGCUAUGGCCUUUCUGUACAUGAGAAGGUAGGAAAAAAGGGAAACACAGGCUGGUUUUAGGGGUGGACAGGAGCUGGGAUCCCAUGAAAAAUAACACUGACCUGCAUCAUGCCAGGGAAACCCUGAUCAAGGUCACUGGAAAGAUCCAUCUGUCCUAGAAUGAUUCCUCGCCUGUGACAGUAGCGGGGAUUUGUGACUCCUCUACAUCUUGGAAGUGGAAACAAAUUCCCAGCCCUGGGGAGCAGCCUGGUUUCACUGGUGAGUACCUCAGGUCUAAAGCCAGACCUUCUAAGAAGGAAAAGGAAGGCAGGCAAUGAGAGGAUUCAGUGCCUUGCCAGAUGCCCUUCCCCUGACACCAAGAAAUGGGUCACUUUAUCUUGCACUGUCUUUUUAACUUGGUCAGAGCUCAGUGAUGUCAGAGAUUAGAUGAGGUCAGAACCACAGACUCCCUGGAGCUCAACAGAAGUUGCAGCCGAUGGGGUUGUUGAGUGAUACUUAGAAA